CCCCUUCGCCAGGGUCACCUUCCUGACACAAAGCCACACCACGGCCAUCAUCAACCAGACGUUAACCCCGACCUGGAACCAGAUGUUGUUGAUGACCCGGGUCACGCUGCAUGGAGACCUAGCUCACCUGGAGCAGGAGCCACCGUGCAUCGUCAUCGAGGUGUAUGAUGACGAUGCUCUGGGCAAGGCAGAGUACCUGGGCAGCACGGUGGCAGUGCCCGUGGUGAGGGUGUCAGAGCAGCCCUACUCUCCUCCCCAGCUCCAGUACAGUCCUCUGUUUUCUGGAUUCCAAUCUGGGGGAGAACUGCUGGGGGCCUUUGAGCUCAUACAG